AUAAGCAGAAAUCAUUUUUUUUUUUUUCUUUCUUUCUAAUUUCCAGUCAAAGAUUAUCAUAAUAGCUAGUUGUUGCCGUCUGUCACAAAUUAGUUUAUAAAAAGAAAAUAUGCAUCAAAAUCCAUUUGAAUUUUUUUUAACAAUUUCUGCCAUUCAUAUUUGGAGUUGCCCAUGAAUUCAUGUAAUACAGAUUGUUAGAACUUGACAAUUACAUAAAAAUAACAAACAUUAUCACCACAUUGAGCGAGUUCCAGUAUUCCAAAAUGGUAUGAGGCCCAUUUAAUUAGCUAAUCAAAGGAUAGGAGGCCCAACUCUUAGUGGAUAAAGCCAGGCCCAGAUCGUCGGCGUCGGCGUUUUAUCUUAAACCCUUCUUCACAAACAUUUGUAUUUGUAUGGUGAGAUGGGAAGGCAGUGAGCCAGAUAGCUUAAACCCUAUCUCCUUGUUUCCCUGAACACCAUUUUCAUAUUUCCAAAUCUACCCUUAUCGCCCAUCCACAUUUUGGUAUUAUGCCGACCAAACUUUCAGCUUUCCAACCCAUUUUCAGACCCAUUUUUUCAGGAGUAUUCCCUCAUAGGCUGAAGAAGCCAUUUUUGGGGUUCCCAAGGUUACAGCAUCGAGUGCUUUUAGUCCGAAGCCAGGCCUCCAGUUUGGUCCCAUUCGUCUCUAGCAGUUAUUCAACCCGAUCGGGCCGCGAAAGAAUGGGUUCGGGCUUCAAGCAGAAUGCGCGGGCAGGGUCCUCCAAGAGUUUGAUUGAUGACGAGGCCGACCUGAGUGACUGGGUAAGUGGGUUGAAUUCGAGCUCCAUUAUGAAAACAAAAGUCUACAGUGAUAGCGAUGAUGAGGAGAGUGAGAAGAGUGGGGUUAGAGACGGGACCGUGAAGAGAAGAAGAGAGGGUGCAUUCGGUAGGGAUUUGGAUUUUUCGGGCGGACGUCGGGGUGAAAGCCCCAGGUCAAGCGAGCCAUUUUCAAGGAGGAGAAAUGAAAAUAAUGGCUCUAAUGGUGGUUCGUUUGGUGGGAGGGGCAGGGACAGGGGCAGGGAUUCGGGUGAUUUCAGGAGGAAAGAAAGCAAUGGUUCUAGUGGUAGUCUGUUUGGUGGGAGGGGCAAAGGACGUGAUUCAGGCGAAUUCAGAAGAAAUGAGAGAUUCAAGGAGAAGAGAGAGAGUGGUGGCGAUUUUGUGAACAGGGGAAAUGAGCGGUGGAGAGAGAAAGGGAAGAAUGAGAGAACAUUUGAUGUUGGUUAUAAAAGGGGUGCUGAUAAAAGUGGUUUUGCGGCUACGAGGAGAGGGAAAGAAAUGGGAAGGAGAGAAUUUUUGGGUACGGAUGAUGAGUCUGUGGGGGAUGAGGAUGAGGGGAAAAAUAGGGGGUAUAUGAGUUUCAAGAAGUUGAUUGAUAGUGGGGAAGAUGAUGGUGGUAGUGAUGAUGAUGAUGAGCAAGAAGUGGAAGCUGAAGAGGAAGAUGUGAUUGGUGAUGGAGAAGUUGAGAAAGGAAAGUCUUUUUCCCAGUUGGCUCAAAGCUCUAUUCCAGGGUCGAGUGAUUCUCACCUUAGCGAGAGCAGGUUUGAUCAAUGUCCUAUCUCACCUUUGUCUCUUAAAGCAAUCAAAGAUGCUGGAUAUGAAAGGAUGACAUUGGUGCAGGAGGCAACACUUCCCGUGAUUCUUAAAGGUAAGGAUGUACUGGCUAAGGCAAAAACUGGCACAGGGAAAACUGUAGCAUUUUUGCUCCCGGCAAUUGAGCUGGUGGUAAAAUCAUCCCCAGUUGGUCUUGAUCAAAAGCGACCUCCGAUACUUGUGCUUGUUAUCUGCCCAACUCGUGAGCUUGCUAGUCAGGCGGCUACCGAGGCCAACACUUUGUUGAAGUAUCAUCCUUCUAUUGGCGUUCAAGUUGUCAUAGGAGGUACACGCCUAGCUCUUGAACAAAAACGAAUGCAAGCCAAUCCAUGCCAGAUACUUGUAGCUACACCUGGAAGACUUAGGGAUCACAUAGAGAAUACAUCUGGAUUUGCUACCCGGCUGAUGGGAGUUAAAGUCUUGGUCCUUGACGAAGCCGAUCACUUGUUAGACAUGGGAUUUCGCAAAGAAAUAGAGAGGAUAAUAGCUGCUGUUCCAAAACAGAGGCAGACACUUCUAUUUUCUGCAACAGUCCCCCAAGAGGUUCGUCAAAUCUGCCAUAUUGCUUUAAAAAGAGACCAUGAAUUCAUAAACACAGUUCAGGAAGGAAGUGAAGAUACACACGCACAGGUCAAGCAGAUGCAUCUUGUUGCUUCUCUGGACAAACACUUUCCGCUUCUUUACACUCUUCUUAAAGAGCAUAUCGCAGAUGAUGUUAAUUAUAAGAUUCUCGUAUUUUGCACAACUGCAAUGGUAACAAGGCUUGUGGCGAAUCUUCUGGGUGAGCUUAACUUGAAUGUCCGUGAGAUUCAUUCCCGAAAGCCUCAAAGUUACAGAACAAGAAUUUCAGAUGAAUUUCGCAAGUCCAAGGGUCUUAUUCUUGUGACAUCUGAUGUUUCUGCACGUGGUGUAGAUUAUCCAGAUGUUACUCUAGUGGUUCAGAUUGGUGUUCCAGCUGAUAGACAGCAGUAUAUACAUCGACUAGGGCGGACUGGGCGAAAAGGAAAAGAAGGGCAAGGAAUAUUGAUGUUGGCACCUUGGGAAGAGUUCUUUUUGUCUAGCAUUAAGGACUUGCCUCUAUCAAAGGCACCUGAACCCUUGGUUGAUCCAGACACGAGGAAGAAGGUUGAGCGUGCAUUAUCCCAUGUGGAGAUGAAGAACAAGGAAGCAGCAUACCAAGCAUGGCUCGGUUAUUACAAUUCGAACAGAAAUAUUGGGCGGGACAAAUAUAGACUUGUGGAGCUUGCUAAUGAGUUUAGUCGAUGCAUGGGGCUUGACAACCCUCCAGCCAUCCCGAAGCUGGUCUUAGGCAAAAUGGGACUGAAGAAUAUACCUGGGUUGAGGUCUAAGUAGAUAAUAUAGACUGCCACACACCAGUUCUUUUUUUCGAUUUUGAAGUGGCAAGAAGGUUCAAACUUUGGGUAGAAUUAUGAGUUCUUAUUUUAUUUUUUGUCUUAGCUAUUUGUAAGAUGUUCGAUUGCAGCAAGUAUUAUGAUUUAUUUCUUUAGCAUUGGGAACUCUCUCCAUUGUUUUCUACAUAGAACGAUCCAAGUCAUUUAUUUGCAAAACUGACCUGCCAGAGAAAGCAUGCAUUUGUUUUCGAAAUGGAG